AUGGAGAGCGUAUUAGGCUGGUUUUUCGGCCAAUCUAAACCUAUCGAAUCGGAACCUUUCACAACCCCUACCUACCAGGACGUUCGCACUGUCCGAGCGCUACUCAAGACCCUGCAACUACCUACAGAGCUCGUGUUGAGUAUUCUCGACCUCGCCCAAUAUUGGCCGACUCACGAAUUCAAGACUACCCCGAAUGCACGUAUUACUGCGGCUGCCCGGGGCGGUCAGUCGGCCAGCGCAACGCUCUGUCUCAACGCGAGCAUCUUCAACAAUCCAACUGUGGACGACCUUCAGAGCAGAGACGAGAAACCUAAGAUUAAAUCUAUCGAGUUCGACUUGGUAAGCCGGGACCAGGGAUGGACGUCUGAAAACACUACAGGAUCCUACUCAACAUCGUCUUGGGUUGAGGUCUCUAUACUUCGCAACGUCUCAGGCGAUGCACGUGGUUUUAGCUUUCCUGAUAAUCAACGUUCAAGUCCUCAAGACUAUCAAAACACCAUCUCAGACCAAGGUUGGAGCUUCGUCAAGCGGCCGGAAACUGCUCUGCAGGGCCCACAGGAUGAUGAAGGUGAUUUCGCAUGGUACUUACAGGGCAACCGUGUCGCGGCUGGACGAGCGGACUAUCGCGUCGUCUGGAGUGUGGAUGGAAAUCAGGGAGACGAGGGAGCUGGUACGGGCGAGAGGUUCUUGGAUGAGCUCAAAGAAGGGGAUGCAAUCUUGGUGUGGGCUAGGGCGAAGUGGCCAGGAUGGCAAUGCAUUGUGGAGAGCGCCAAGAUUACUGUUCGUUACGGGUUCUGA